CUUGAUUUCUAUUCUUGAUUCCAACUUAUUGAAUCACCUAUCGGCGUGUUCCUCGAUGCCAGAUUUCUGCCAGUGACCUGUUCUGACACAGCGGAAAACCAUCAUGAUUACCAUGCAUACAACAACCACUUCCCGAAAUUCUCCAUAACAUACAUAACCUGUGACACAGUUCCUACCAUCGCCUACCACCACUCUGGCAAGAUGAGUUUCUUAGGAGAUAUUGUCAAUUCAAUUGGCAGUGGGAAAGCGCCGACCCCGCCCAAAUAUUCUGUCCGACCACUGAGUGCCAACUCUGUGAGAGUUCCUGGAAAUGAGCCGAAACUCGGUGCUCGCCCAAGCGUGGUACCGUUGCCUUCGCCACUCAACGGCAUCAAGCGAAAGGCCGACACUGAACCAUCCAAAGAACCAGAUAAAUAUCUGAAACUGAACUCGGCGUCAAGCGUGUCAGCUCCUGUCGGUCGACGACCCGCAGCGCCACCUCUUAAUGCACCCAAACUUUCCCACGAAAAAACGGCCUCGGCAGGAAGCCGGCCACGGAUCGAUACCCUAGGCAAGGCCUCGACCGUAAGCACUUCAACUCCUACCACACAGACUGCCCCUCCAUCGGCCAAGCCACCUCCAGUCAAAGGAUCAUUCGCAGACAUCAUGGCCAGAGCCAAACUGGCACAAGAGUCCAAGGGUCAAAACAACAAAGUUGGUGUGAUUAGACAUCAAGCUUCUAACCGGGAAAAGGUAUCCAAGCUGGCAGAGAGAAAGCGUCAAGAGGACGAGAAAGCCAAGGCUAGCAAGGAGAAGUCACAUAGUCGCCCUGGAAUGACAAGCAAGGACAAAGCUCGGAGUGUUAGUCCCACGAAGAGAGAUGCUAGCCGGGCUCCAAAGGUUGCUCGACCUCCUUUACACGCCCCGGCGAGCUCGUACAAGGGUACGAUGGGUCAGGCAGCCAGCAAAUCUCGACAAUCCCAGAGUCGGAAGCGAAGCAGAUAUGACGAGUACUUGGAUACGGACGAAGAAGAAGGUUCAGAUAUGGAGGGGUACGGCGAUGAAGACCAAGGAGACUACGAAUCUGACGUAUCAUCUGACAUGGAAGUUGGGGCAUUCGAGUUGGAUGAAGAAGAAUCUCAGGCAUUACGUGCGGCCAAAGAAGACGACGCACGGGAGCUUGCGUUGGAACAGCGGCUCAAACGAGAGAAAGAGGAGAGAAGAAAGAGGCUGAUGGGACUAGCCAGCAAGAACAAAGGCAGGUGAGCACGGCAAAAUGACGAACAUGAUUGAUGUUUAGCAAUGGAGUUCUGAGGCGAUGGGCAUGUCGGGAAUGGAGAUGAGGGCGAUGGCGGGAGUGCAAGGCAUACGAAGGAACAACUUGAAUUGAGUCGUGUGAAAGUUUACAGGAAUCCAGGACAACGGCGUCAUAGGAAGCCCAAGGCAUUUUUCAAUGGGCUGGAGAAGCAUUUACACAAGCGCAUUCACAUCGGGUGUCAUUCAUUGGAGCUCAUUGCUUUUGCAAAGGCAGAUAGUAUAGAGACACAUGGACCUCAUGCGUCCUUUAGGGGAGGGAACAGUCCCCUCUAGCAAACAACCAACGCCACAUCCCCGCUCA